GCAGUUUCCUGACCCUGCACGGACUGGAUAGGGAGUUGUUCAGACGGCUAGCACAGGAGCUCUGUACCAGAACAAGUGAGCCUGGCAGGCAUGAUGCUACAGACGUGGACACUUCGUGACCAUCAUGAUGUGAAGAGGAAGUGAGGAGAAGCAGGAUGGGAAAACUUGGAUGGUGGGAUAAUAUCAUGCUGCCAUGUUCCAGGUUGCAAGUUACAUAAAGGCUUUUCAUUUCUACAAACUUCAGAAAUGGUCCGAAUCAACAACACCCAGUACUUCAACUUCCUGGAGCAGGCAGAUGCCUUACGUCGUUCAGGGUCACUCUGUGAUGCCAUAAUCUCAGUAAAGAGCCAAACUUUCAGAGCUCAUCGGCUGGUACUGGCUUGUGCUAGCAGAAGACUAGCAGAGCAGCUAGCUCUAGGAGAUAUAGACAGCCCGGUCCAGUGCACGCUAGAGUACUUCUCACCCCGCACCUUCCAGCAAGUUCUGGAGUUCACGUACACACAGACUCUGGAGGUGUCGGUGGACGACCUGCACCUGCUGCUGAAAGCUGCCCAGCUGUUAGAGAUGCAGUUGCUGGAGGACCAGUGCCGGAGGCAGCUGGACAACCUCCGGAGCGGAGCCGGAGAAGAGGACGCGAGAAGAGAAAUGACGGGGGUCAAAGAAGAAAAAGAUAGUGCAGAGCAGAUAGGCCAGAGGCAAAAAGGAAGUCCUAUUCGAGAGGUGAAGUUCAGAGAGACUUCUCCCUUAGUGGAUGAGGCAAAUGAUAGCAUUGUCUCGGAAAACGUUUCACCCUCUGAUCCUGCUAAGACCCACAAUAGUCCGCCGUCCCCGAGAAAGAAGGCCCGGCUGCUCCCUGCGGCGACACCACCCUACAACAGAGAAAGUGUUAUCACCAGGCCUGCCAACAGCAGCUCCUCUUUCUCCUCUCCCUGGACUUUCCCUCCACAAAUGUGGAACUCUGUGAACGCCCUGAGGCGGAUAGCGGCGGACUAUUCAAACUUAGUUGCAGCUUGCCCCCUCCAGCCCACGAACCAGUCGCCCGUAGCCUACCCGUUUUCCCUCGCCUCUCCACACGUGUUCCCCCUAUUUGGCUCCCACUUGCAAAGCUCAGUAAUGGGCUACUCAGGCUUUCAUCCACGUCACACACAAAACCUGUAUGCUGGAUCCGCGGGGAUGGGAGGCAUAAUCAAGCAAGGCCUGCUAAAGAGAAAAAAACCCAGCCAGAGAGCGUUUACCGGGGCCACUCAAACCAACGAGCCGAGUUACAAUGAAGAACCCAAAGCCAGCACAGAAAGAGUUAAAGGCUGCCAACACUGCGGCAGAGGCCUCCUUGGUGAUCUAGCGCUGCGGGAGUCAGCCUCCACACCGUCAGGUGAGACUUGUGCAAGGUGUCUGUUCUGUGGAAGAGGAGCCGUUUCACAGCAUGAACCACAAUCCCAUCGACAAGAACACCGCGGGGAAAAACCCUACCAGUGCCAACAUUGUCCCAAGAAGUUCAGUCUGAAACACCAACUGGAUACGCACCACCGAGUUCACACCGGAGAGAAACCCUUCGAGUGUCGUCUCUGUGGUCAGCGCUCCCGGGACUACUCGGCCAUGAUCAAGCACCUGCGGACUCACAGCGGGGCAGCGCCUUACCAGUGCACGCUGUGCCUGGAGUUCUGCAACAGCCUGGUCGCCAUGCAGAGACACAUUAAGAGCCACCCAGUGCAGGACUUCCCCCCUAACUGGACCAUCAACAGCACCUACCUGUACACCUCACACAUCUGAGCCAGCCCUCGGACAGCUCUGUCCACACAAAGUUCUCACAGCCGUUGGUUUGUGCCUCUCGCGUGUUAUCAUUGAGUGACAAAGGAAAAGCACCUGUUCUUUCCGAAGAGCAAAUUGCAGAUGGUAUUUGAUAAACAGCUGGCUUGUGGAGUCACGUUUAUACACGAGAGGCACAAGCUGGGGCUGUAUGUUGCUGUAUAACUUACAAGUGCUCUGUGUUCACAUUCAAAAACUAUGGAACAGCACUAAUUUCUAAAGAAAUAUGAGAAAUGUGCACAUUUGGUCAUAUAGGUGCAUUAAAGCCACAAAAGCAGCUCAUCCUCAUCGAAUGACGCAGGUAUCUUCCCUCUCACUUUCACAAUUAUCGGACCACUUGUGUAAACUUUGUAAGUUUGACCUAGGUUAAUAGCGCCCUCAUGAGGGCAACCACUGUAACAAUUAUUUCUUCUUUCCUGCAGCGGCGCUCACAAAUGUGAUGUGAUGUGAUGUUGAUGCAGCUGAACACAAGUGGAUUUUUUAAGUGCUGGAGCACAUAAACAGUCUAUAUUUAUUGAUCGAGAUGGAAACAAUUCUUUAUCUGUGUAUCUGUGGCAUCCUUUACAGAGUGAUCCUCUGUUUUUUUUUUUUUUUUGUUUUUUUUUCCAAAACCAAAAGCAGGAGCAGACGAGUGGGAGAGUUUUUCUCCAGUUUGUACAAAGGCACCCUUGAGUCUCGGUACUGCUUGUGAGAUAAAAGGCAGCCAAAUCCGAUAUGGUAACCUCGAAAAAAGUUGAAGGAGGACUGUAUUUACUUUACACUGAAAAUAACGAAUGUCAUGGGCGUCUCAUUAACUUGAUCCAAGCUCAGAGAGAGCUUUUUGCAGGCAGCUAAGGGACAAACAACACUCCUUUGUGUUCUCACAUAUUUUAUUCCUCCAUUAAUGGAUUUUAUUGCACUGUAAGUCACUGAGGCCGGGCUGCCUAACUCACUGUCUGAAGUUCAUCGGCAUGCUUAUACUGAAUAAAUGUUGCCAGAAAGUAAACACCGUGUAACAUCUACAGCAACUGCCAUACCUCUCUAAAAGCACCACGCAAAAUUUAUAAAACUGUGAAGUCAUCGUAUGUAUGUAUGUCUGCUAUAUGCAACCACUGUUUCCCAGAUGGAGCCCUCAGACCUUUUACACUGAAAGCUCUUUUGUUGAUUUGUACAGCAUUAUAUUAAUAUCAACAGCAUGGAAAUAAAUGUUGUGCUCAUUUUUCAUUUAUAGGCUUUAACAGAUAACUAUAUGCAAUGUUUGAGACAACUCAUGCAUCAAAUAAACAAGCUUACAUAACUACAGCCAUCUUGGACAUUCUUUUGUAAUUUGUUAAAUGUUAAAGGAAG